AUGUCUAACGUUAGAGACAACGAUGGAGAUGGAGCCAACAAGCUCCACGUGGCAAUGUUCCCGUUUCUAGCCUUUGGUCAUAUGGUUCCAUACUUGGAGCUUUCUAAGCUCAUGGCUCAAAAGGGUCAUACCGUCUCUUUCAUCUCCACACCUCGUAACAUCGAUCGCCUCCUCCCACGGUUGCCGGAGACCCUCUCCUCCGCCAUCACUUUCGUCAAGCUCCCUCUUUCCGGCGUCGACGGCAAACUCCCGGAAAGCGGCGAAGCCACCACCGACUUACCCUUUGAUCUCAUUCCGUAUCUCAAAAUCGCAUACGACGAACUGCGGAUUCCGGUGACGGAGUUUCUCGAAUCUUCCAAACCCGAUUGGGUUCUCCAGGAUUUCGCGCCUUAUUGGCUCCCUCCGAUCUCUCGCCGCCUCGGAAUCAAAACCGGAUUUCUCAGCGCUUUUAACGGCGCGACUUUAGGGCUUCUGAAACCGCCGGGAUUCGAAGAGUACCGGACUUGUCAGGCGGAUUUUCUGACGCCGCCUAGGUGGGUCAAUUUCGAAACUCCGGUGGCUUUCCGGUUAUUCGAGUGCCGGGAUAUCUUCAAAGGAUUCAUGGCGGAGACCACCGAAGGUAAUGUCCCCGACGUUCACCGAGUCGCCGGCGUAAUCGACGGAUGUGACGUCAUCGCCGUUCGGAGCUGCUACGAGUACGAGGCAGAGUGGUUGGGUCUUAUACAAGAUCUUCAUCGGAAACCGGUUAUACCGGUUGGAGUUUUACCUCCUAAACCGGAAGAAAAGUAUGAGGAUACCGACACGUGGCUGUCGAUAAAGGCGUGGCUGGACUCACGCAAAUCCAAAUCUGUGGUCCACGUAGCUUUCGGUUCCGAAGCUAAACCGAGUCAAACCGAGGUCAACGCGAUCGCUCUCGGUUUGGAGCUUUCCGGUUUACCUUUCUUCUGGGUGUUAAAGACCCGACGUGGUCCGUGGGAUACCGAACCGGUCGAGCUACCGGAAGGGUUUGAAGAGCGUACCGCGGAUAGAGGGAUGGUUUGGAGAGGGUGGGUUGAGCAGUUGAGAACAUUGAGCCAUGAUUCAAUCGGUUUGGUUCUGACUCAUCCCGGUUGGGGAACGAUAAUCGAAGCUGUCCGGUUUGCUAAACCGAUGGUGAUGCUGGUUUUCGUGUGUGACCAAGGAUUGAAUGCGAGAGUAAUAGAAGAGAAGAAAAUUGGGUAUAUGAUACCUCGGGAGGAGACAGAAGGUUUGUUUACUAAAGAAAGUGUUGCUACAUCGCUGAGAUUGGUCAUGGAGGAAGAAGAAGGGAAGGUUUAUAGAGAGAAUGUGAAGGAGAUGAAAAGAUUGUUUGGAGACAUGGAUAGGCAAGAUCGUUAUGUUGAUUCUUUCUUGGAUUAUCUCGUUGCGAAUCGUUAA